GCCUCAUUGCUGUCUAGCCUGCCUUUAUAUUUAAAUAGGAAGAAGAAUUUGUGUCUCUAGGAGUAUCCCACAAUACCUUGCGUCUCCCAACAGCCUUUAGAAAGCCGUGUCGUCACUUUCAGUAUCAAUACAAACCUAGCAAACAUGGAGACCAGCGGCUUGAAGCUAAACUUCUGGGAGAAUGGACCGACACCGGGACAGUUCUACUCGUUCCCCGGGUCCCAGCAGGGGCCCUCCUGCGGCCCGGUCCGACACACCCUGAACCCGAUGGUGACGGGGACCUCUGUCCUGGGGGUGAAGUUCACGGGUGGCGUGGUGAUCGCGGCGGACAUGCUGGGCUCCUACGGCUCCCUGGCGCGCUUCAGGAACGUCUCGCGCCUGAUGAAGGUGAACGACAGCACCAUCCUGGGGGCGUCCGGGGACUACGCAGACUACCAGUACCUCAAACAGGUCCUGGACCAGAUGGUGGUGGACGAGGAGUUGCUAGGCGACGGCCACAGCUACACCCCCAAGGCGCUCCACUCGUGGCUGACGCGCGUCAUGUACAACCGGCGGAGCAAGAUGAACCCGCUGUGGAACACGGUGGUGAUCGGGGGCUUCUACAAGGGGGAGAGUUUCCUAGGUUACGUGGACAAGCUGGGCGUGGCCUAUGAGGCACCGACCGUGGCCACGGGUUUCGGAGCGUACCUGGCCCAGCCCCUGAUGAGGGAGUUCCUGGAGAACAAGGUGGAGGUGACGCAGGCGGAGGCGCGGGCUCUGGUGGAGCGCUGCCUGAAGGUCCUGUACUACCGCGACGCGCGCUCCUACAACAGGCAUGAGAUCGCCAUAGUAACCGAAAAGGGUGUGGAGAUCAUCGGACCCCUGUCCUCCGAGACCAACUGGGACAUCGCCCACAUGGUCAGUGGCUUUGAAUGAGGACUGCGUGGACUCAACGAUGUGAUGACCCGGACUCCUCCCCCAGCUGUGGAACACAACUGUUCACUUCUUCAUGUUCAUAACCUCUUUUGUAAAAUGGAAAAAAUAAAAAAUGUUAUCAAUCCAAAAAA